GGUUCAACGUCUUCUGACGUUUAGUUCGUUACGUCUUUCACUAGUGCCUCCACGCACUUUCAGCAAGAUCUUGGUUCAUGGAUGGGCAAUUUUGAUUUACAUAGCUAAGUUUACAUAUAAAUUGAUCAUUUCUCUUCUCUUUUGAUAAUCCCUUGUGCAGCACCACACCAUAUCUUCAUUACCUACAGUUCGAAUGCUUGACAUUUUAAUUCGUUGAUAUAUCAAUCACUUGACUCAAUCACUUUUUAGCUCAUUCUUCUAGUACAUCUUUCAUCUAUCACUAAAAUAUAUGCACUAUGCGAAACACCGGGGCUUCUGAUACCAGUAUGGAGACAGCGAAAUUAUUGGAGAAAGGUCCAAGUGUCUCCAGAGACAGUGGGCAAUCAUCCUCUCAAGCUACCUUAUCCAUUAAUCUAGUUCACGUAUUAGAGCCUCGCUUAUUGACCCAUGAACCAUCUACAAACCCAACCGAGAUCGUACAGCAAACUCCCGAACGGAAAAACAUUUAUGACUUAUCAGUCGACGUCUUAGUUUUCAUGGCCGAUUCUCUCCCACCCGACACCGCAGCUUUAUUAAGUAUUUCCUGCAAAAUCUUAUGGCGCACCCUCGGUCAAAAAUACGUCAAAGCCCUCAAGACACCCUACAGAGUUAUCUAUCCCCCCGUCAGCUGCAUGUACAGGUUUAAUGUAGAAAUCCGACUCUAUCGAAACUAUCGCUACAACUUCCUGCUACUCCUUGCACGGGAUCUUCCAGAUCAUAUUACAUGCUAUCCCUGCAACAAGCUUCACUCGAUGGAAUCUCUAUUCUUUCGGGGGUUGCACGAUACACCGUGUACCUCACAUAUUGAUAACGUUCUACACCUGAUGAAUCAUUCUGUGAGCUUCUAUUCGCUCCAAAUAGCCAUGAAGCGUUUUCGUCAAAGCCGCAUCUCCGAAUCCGUACUCUUGGAGGAGUCAGGAAUUACUUUCCUAAGCGAAACAUCUCAAUUAAUCGAAACUUCUUACCAGACCAUCCAACUCACUCACUCGUCGAACUCAGUCAUCAUCCGCAAUCAAAGAAUCGUCUUCCUCCCCGCCAGACACCAGUAUCCGAUCUCCGAACAUUCAAUCGCCGACGUGCCUAGAGAAAGAUCCUGGUCUCACCCCAUCUGUCCCCAUCGCGAAUGGUUGUGUUCCUACGAACUGCACACGCGCCGGCUCCGCGUCUCCGACAUCCCCUUUACACAUGCCAUUUUCGAAUCGUGCAAGGACUGCAUGACGGACUGCCACGUCGAGAUCCAAGAUCACGGGGAAGAGGGCGACGCUCUCUUAUUUACCAGCUGGACGGAUCUCGGCUCCGGCGAAUCUGCGCGCGAUUUCAAUUGGCAAAAUGCAAUUAUGGAUAUUUAUCGGGAGAGACAUGACGUCUCGCCGUGUGAGUAUGAACAUGGUUCUAUCUGUGAGGCGUAUGAAGGGAUACCGAGAAGCAGAUAUAAACUCAACCACUACAUGACGGAGUAUUAUUGGGCAAUGGUGGAUGGAUGUCGGUUGUCGAGUGGGAGAAAUUCGCAGAGGGAGCAGAAACUUCCGUUGACAAUCUUGACGCCUAGAAAUGAUGGUACACUUGAACGGUUGCUUGAACCGUUACGAUUGUGAAGGAAGAGAAUCUCGAUACAGAGUAUUAAUGUUUAAUAAUAAUAAAUUGCACA